AUGGAUUUAAUAAACUCAACUGAACAAAACAGUACAUCAGAAGAACUAUUCAAAUGGGUGACAUCCAAGAUUCUCGUUUCCAUUACUCUAUCUGUGCUUGCACUAAUGACAACAGCCAUCAAUUCUCUAGUGAUGACCGCAAUAAUUGUGACACGAAAGCUCCACCACCCUGCCAACUAUCUAAUCUGCUCUCUUGCAGUGACUGAUUUUCUUGUGGCAGUCCUAGUGAUGCCCUUCAGCAUUGUCUACAUCAUAAAGGAGACAUGGAUCAUGGGGCAAGUUGUGUGUGACAUUUGGCUGAGUGUGGACAUUACGUGCUGCACAUGUUCCAUCUUGCAUCUCUCUGCCAUUGCUUUGGAUCGGUACAGAGCAAUCACAGAUGCUGUGGAAUAUGCAAGAAAAAGGACACCUAAGCAUGCUGGCAUCAUGAUUGCAGUGGUAUGGAUCAUAUCCAUUUUUAUCUCCAUGCCACCUUUGUUUUGGCGGCAUCAGACAACCAGCAGGGAAGACGAAUGCAUCAUCAAACAUGACCACAUUGUUUCUACCAUUUACUCUACAUUUGGCGCCUUCUACAUCCCUCUGGCCUUGAUUCUGAUCCUUUACUACAAGAUAUACAAGGCAGCAAAGACAUUUCACAGGAGAAGCGUCAGCCGGAUUGUAAGGGAGGAGGUAAAUGGACAAGUCCUCUUGGAUGCAGGUGAAAGAAGCACCAAAUCAGCUUCAAUGCCCAGCACUGCAGAGAAAACAUCAGAUGCCCUGGUGGACUGUGAUAAAAUCAAUAUCAGCCUAAAAAGCCCCAGGUCUGAAUCUAAACACGAGAAGUCCUGGAAAAGACAGAGAAUCUCUAGCACAAGAGAGCGAAAGGCAGCAACUACGCUGGGUCUGAUCUUGGGGGCAUUUGUGAUCUGCUGGCUCCCUUUUUUCGUAAAAGAAGUAGUUGUUAAUACCUGUGAAAGAUGUCACAUCUCAGAAGACAUUUCUAAUUUCCUAGCAUGGCUGGGAUAUAUAAAUUCCCUUAUUAACCCUCUAAUAUAUACAAUCUUUAAUGAAGAUUUCAAGAAAGCCUUCCAGAAGCUUGUGCAUUGUAGGCAAUAUCUUUAA